AUGGCCUGGGACUCUACUGGGCAAGAGGGAAUAUACUACUGGAGCAAUUAUUUCAAAUUGGCCAACACAGCAACAAAAACGAUCAACAGUAUCCUGGGAUAUAUGCCCACAGUACCGCAUUGGGGAUGGAAUGGAAAUGCCCAGCGAUAUUGGGACUUUAUAUAUGGCGGUAAACUACAGCGCAUCGAACGCAUGAUCCAUCACUACGGAUCAAGUCUUAAUGCACUACCACUGCUAUCUCAGUUUCGCCAGAAUCCAACAGACACCUAUCUCCUCCGAGUUGGCUACGGCGGAAUGACAGGACCACUAUCUAAUAUCCGACAGGAUGGCUCAAUGUACAAUGCUUUCCAUUCCUUCCCUGACACCCUGCAAGGCGACGAUUAUUCAGGUGACUACGGUCCAAGCUUCCUCGGUAUGAUGCUUACAUCUGCUGUCUACGUCGUCAAUGACCCAGAUGUCGGGCUUGUUGCAUUUGGUGGCAAUAUUGCUACAAAUGGAAACACGGUUACGGUGCAGCCCCGAGAUGCUGUGCGCCGUCGUGUGUAUAUUGCCCAAAUGGGAAUAUACGUCACGAUCAGCGCUGGAUUGAUAGAGGAGGCUUCAUUUGAUGUCUCCCUACCAACAACUCUUCAAUUACGUAUUGUUCCUGGCUCCUCCGCGGUUUCUUCUGUUAUUGUUUGGGUUGAGACUCCAGGCACGGAGAAUGAUUAUGCUGUGACUGGGGGUCAAUUGCAGCGUACAAGAGGAGGCUGGAGUGUCAAAUUCGCCUCUGGGGAAACUAAUGUUGUAGUUUCUAAAUUGUGA